AUGAGGCGUGCGCCGGCGGCCGGGAGCCUCUCGGAGCUGGGCUUUCCCUCGCGGUUCGGGCGCCAGGAGCCGCCUUUUCCGCUGGGUGUCACUGGGGGGUGGGGAAGAUGGCCCAUUCAAAAGCGCCGCGAGGGGGCCCGGCCAGUGCCCUUCAGUGAGCGCUCGCAAGAGGACGGCAGAGGCCCGGCGGCUCGCGGCUGCGGGACCUUGUGGCGGCACCUCAGGACGCGGCUGUCCCUCUGCCCGGACCCGGCGCCGCCGCAGCCGCUCUGCCUCCUGCGGGUCAGCCUCCUCUGCGCGCUCCGGGCGGGCGGCCGUGGGAGCCGCUGGGGCGAGGACGGCGCGCGGCUGUUGCUGCUGCCCCCGGCCCGAGCGGCGGGAAGCGGAGAGGCCGAGCCGAGCGGCGGUCCCCUCUAUGCUGGGAGGAUGUUGGAGAGCAGCGGCUGCAAGGCGCUGAAGGAGGGCGUGCUGGAGAAGCGCAGCGACGGGUUGCUGCAGCUCUGGAAGAAAAAGUGCUGCAUCCUCACCGAGGAGGGGCUGCUGCUCAUCCCGCCCAAGCAGCUGCAACACCAGCAGCAGCAGCAGCAGCCUGGGCAGGGACAGGCCGAGCCGUCCCAACCCAGCGGCGCCCCGGUCGCCGGCCUUGAGCCGCCGGUCAAGCUCAAAGAAUUGCACUUUUCCAACAUGAAGACCGUGGAUUGCGUGGAGCGCAAGGGCAAGUAUAUGUACUUCACUGUGGUGAUGGCUGAGGGCAAAGAGAUCGACUUUCGCUGCCCACAGGACCAGGGCUGGAACGCCGAGAUCACGCUGCAGAUGGUGCAGUACAAGAAUCGUCAGGCUAUCCUGGCGGUCAAGUCCACGCGGCAGAAGCAGCAGCACCUGGUCCAGCAGCAGCCUCCGCAGCCGCAGCAGCAGCUCCCGCAGCCACAACCGCAGCUCCCGCAGCCACAACCGCAGCUCCCGCAGCCACAACCGCAGCUCCAGCCCCAGCCGCAGCUCCAGCCCCAGCUGCAGCCCCAGUCCCACCCCCAGCAGCCUCAGCCCCAGCCCAAGCCUCAGCCCCAACCCAAACCUCAGCCCCAGCAGCUCCAUCCUUAUCCACAUCCACACCCGCACUCUCAACCGCACCCCCACCCGCAUCCGCACUCUCACCCCCACCAACUUCCGCACCCGCACCAACAACCGCACUCGCAGCCGCACGGCCACCGGCUUCUCCGCAGCACCUCCAACUCUGCCUGAAGGGGGCAGCACCGGGGCCAGGCAAGGUUUCGAGGACUUGAGGAGGUGGGCCGAGCAUAUUUCUAUUGUCUUCGCUUGGAUCAAAAACAAAAGACUCCCCACCCGGCGCCAGAUCUUGUAGUUUGGACAUCACCCUACUGAAAACUAAUACUCGUGAUUCUUAGUUUUCUGCGUACUCUUCAUUGCGAUGCAGGAAACGACUUCAAGUAGAGAAGACUUAUUUAUGAACCUUUGAAAGGAUCUUCCAGUAUGGUGGACCUUGUAGGAGCGAUGAUGUACUGUAAUUUUAUUUUAAUGUAUUUUGAUUUAUGAUUAUUUAUUAGUUUUUUAAAAAAUGCUUGUUCUAAGACAUUUCUGAAUGUAGGUCAUUUUCCAAAAAGGAAACUUUAUUUUCGAAAACUUGUUCCCUGCUGAGUCCUAAUCUUGGAAAGAAAGAAAGAGAAAGGGCCGUAAGGGGAAAAC